ACCUCUAUUAUAUGAAUAUUUGAAAUAUAAAUUUGCGGUGAAUUUAACAACCACAUUAACAAUAUUUUGUUAUUUUUUAUCGAAACUGAAAUAUUUACAUAGAUGUAAUGCUGAUGUGUUAUACCCGUUAGAAUCCAACGAGGAUUCGAGGAGGAAGGUGUGUUCGGGAGCGUUGGAACAGUAUUGAAUUGUGCAUUUAGAUGGUCACACCGAUGACUUUGUACUGAAACUUAUUAUGAUGGCGAUUUAUAGGAAUCUUAUCAAAUCGUUAUUAAUUAAUAAGUAAUUCAUUCAUUCGUUUUAUGAUUGUUCAUUUCUCGGGGCACCUCGUACUAGCCUCGCCCCACGUGUUACUGACAUGGACAUUCCUAACUCGCACAUUCGAACAGAUAACUUAAGUAGCAGAGAACUGGUUCCUCAUACAGAAAUGCAGAACCCUAGAAUAAAAAACACUAAAACAACUGUUAUAGCAGAAACAACAAAUUCGCAGCAACAAAACGAUGCAGCACAAAUUACGAAUCAUGACAUUCCGGAUGAAUCACCACAAAGCCUUUCACAAAGUCAGAGUGUGGCAGAUUUAGAUACAGAGAUAUCUACGCAUACCUGUAUAUGUAAAGAUGGAUGUUCUACACGGCAAUGUGAUUGUGUAAAUAGAGAAAUUCGAUGUGGACAACGGUGCGAAUGUCGAGAUUAUGGAUGUCAGAAUCAGGAGGAAACAGCAAUUUCGGAGGAACAAAGCAAUGCGGCACAAGUUACGGAUGAAUCACCGCAAAGCCUUUCACAAAAUCGGAGUGUGGCAGAUUUAGAUACAGAGAUACCUACGCAUAAAUGUGGAUGUAAAAAGGGAUGUUCUACAAAGGUAUGCAAAUGUGUAAAGAGAGAAAUUCGAUGUGGACAACGGUGCGAAUGUCGAGAUUAUGGAUGUCAGAAUCAGGACUAAACAGCAAUUUCGGAGGAAUAAAGCAAUGCGGCACAAGUUACAGAUGAAUCACCGCAAAGCCUUUCAUAAAAUCAGAGUGUGGCAGAUUUAGAUACAGAGAUACCUACGCAUACCUGUAGAUGUAAAGAUGGAUGUUCUACACAGCGAUGUGAUUGUGUAAAUAGAGGAAUUCGAUGUGGAGGACAGUGCGCAUGUACUUAUUACGGUUGUGCCAAUUAGGUAAAUAGUAUUCGUUUCCCACGUUGGGGAUUAAUUUCUGUCGCUAUUGCAAUUAAAUCUGUGUAUGUUCAAAGGAGGAUGAUCGAAAAAUGCCAAAUUGGUAUCACUUUAAGUACUUAAAAUUGUAAUUGGGCAUCAUUCUAUCAGUCCUAAGAUAUGAAAAAUACUAUUACCUAUGGCAGAUGUGGCAGAUAAAGUUGUGGUAAAUGAUAUUGAGAUGAAAUUGCCUGGAGAUAAUAAAUAUUGACUUCCCUGUUCCUCCUCCUUACGAAAUAACGUUUCAAGUUUUGUAAUUCGUGGACUCGUUUCAAAGUUGAGCUCAUUUGAAGUGGAAAAAUGCUAUUUCUCCUUUCGGAACACUGGCAUUCUUUUCAACUGAUUCUAAUCCUGGACAUACGGAUAUUCUCCCACUCUUUUGUAUAUUUCACUUCAUAACGAACUGUGUUAAUAAUGCUAUCAUAAUGAAUAGCAGUAAGAAGUUGUACUAAAGAACAAUACCUACACAAUAACAAUUCUGUGGCUGUUGUUUUCGUAUGACUUUGUGUUACAAGAGUGGCAAUAGAAAGUUAACUUAUAUAAGUUAAUAAUUAUAUUUAUUUAUACAUUAUAUUUAUAAUUACUUGUCAUUAAUAUUAUAAACAUGUUAAACCCA